AAGACUGAUAUGUACUUUUCUGUGUAAGAUUGGAAUUAUUGGUGGAACUGGCUUGGAUGAUCCAGAUAUCUUAGAAGGAAGAACAGAAAAAUAUGUCGACACUCCUUAUGGCAAGCCAUCAGAUGCUUUGAUAUUGGGAAAGAUAAAAAAUGUGGACUGUGUGCUGUUGGCAAGACAUGGAAGGCAUCAUACAGUUAUGCCAUCAAACAUCAAUUACCGUGCCAAUAUCUGGGCACUGAAAGAAGAAAAUUGUUCCCAUGUAUUAGUGACUACUGCCUGUGGUUCAUUACGAGAAGAAAUACAACCUGGUGAUCUUGUCAUAAUUGACCAGUUCAUUGACAGGACAACUAAAAGACAUUGUACUUUCUAUGAUGGACAGCAUUCCAGCCUUUCAGGAGUGUGUCAUGUUCCAAUGGCAGAGCCAUUCUGCGCCAAAACCAGAGAGGUUCUUAUUGAGACCGCCAAGAAGCUGGGGCUCCAGUGUCAUUCUAAGGGAACAAUGAUCACAAUUGAAGGCCCACGUUUCAGUUCUCGAGCAGAAAGCCUUAUGUUUCGCAGCUGGGGAGCUGAUGUUAUCAACAUGACCACGGUGCCUGAAGUGAUUCUUGCGAAAGAAGCUGGAAUGAGUUAUGCUAGUAUUGCCAUGGCAACAGAUUAUGACUGCUGGAAGGAACACGAAGAAGCAGUUUCAGUGGAUAAAGUUUUAAAGACACUGAAAGGGAAUGCGAAUAAAGCUACUAGCAUACUCCUUACUGCUAUACCUCAGAUAGGUUCCAUGGAAUGGACCGACACCCUGCACACCCUUAAAACGACAGUGCAGUGUUCGGUCAUUCUGCCAAAACAGUAACAGCCUGGAUGGAUCUUGAAGUU